AUGGUCUGCACCUGCCGUACGCACUUCUGCUUCAUCUGCGGUAAGAGAGCCCACCACGACAGUGACCACUGGCGCGCAGGUUUUCGCCCACGCUGGAAUCAACCGGGCACUAGGAGGGCUCACCACGACGCCGCCGAGGACCCACUGGUAAUCGACCCGGACGUCCUUGCAGCAGCAGCAGUAGCGAGGGCAGAAGCUGAGAUCGCCGAAUCUGAGGUCCUGCGACAAGCCAAGUUGGACCAAGCCAUCUGCAUCGAGCUCCAAGGAGAGAUCUGGGCACGCUCGGCCCGCGCCCAAGAAGCUCAUAUGGAAGGUGUUAUCUGGAAUCAGCGCUGGUACGAAGCGGCGUUAGGGGCAGUGACAGCUGCCUUGAAGGGCCUCGAGCUCCAUGCCCAUCUUGACUCCCUGACCUCGCCGCUCAAGCUAGCUGAGCUCCACAGGAGAGAUGUCCUAGACAUGCUUUACAAAGAUCGAUCUUUCCGCAUGGAGUACGAGUCCGUCAUGCUGGAUUUUCUGGAUGAUCAUCCUGCUGAGGCCGAUCUUCUUGCUCCCAUGAGAGGGCUGUUCGAGAGAGUGUCAAAGCUUGCAUCGGAUGUUCACGAGAUGUGUGACAAGUGGUUAAAGGAGCACCCAGACGAUAGAAUUCCCUUCAGAGGUGAUCGUCGGCAUGCCGGUCAACCGAGGGAAGAGUAG